CUCUUUGUUAUUUUCACAGGCCUUGACAAUAAGAGAAGAGAGAGAGAGUGCAAUCUUUUCUCGUGGAUGAGCUGAGACAGCAACCAACCCAAACCAGCACGCAUCUUGCUGCCAACAUCCUGCUACACAAACUACGGGAGUUUCGGCAUCAAUCGUGAGGGAGAUCGAAGCGUCGCGUUGUUUGAAACAAUACCCAAAGAGCUGCUUCUGGGAGAUUCCCAAAGUUCUGAACUCACGAAAAAAAAACUUCAAGCCCAUCGUUCUUUAUCGCUCGAGUUCAGCCCACUCCCGUGAUUUUCACAGUAGAUUCACGGUCCCGAAAUACCGGAAGGAAACAGGUGGCCAUCUUUCCGGAAGGAGCACGUCAAGAAAACCGGAAGUGUGUUUAAGGACGUUACUUCGAAUGAACACGGACACUUACAAGACAGUGUCAUGAUGUUGUCUGUGUGUGAGAGACAAGCUUGUGUCAUGAAAAUUGUAAACGGGGAAAACCCAGAUAACGUCUGUCCGGUAGGAUGCAGUGUGCUGUUGUACAGCAGAUAAUAUCAUUAACUCAUUGUUUUCUGAGUUGUGACAUUGCAAACACGUUUCGUUAGCUUCUGCGUUGUGGGAACGGAUACAUUGUUUCAGUAAUUUAUAUUUUCUCUGUGUGUUGUGGGAACGGAUAUCGCGUUUCAUUAUCUUCUCUUUGUGUGUCGAGGAACAGAAGCGAGUACCGUAGAACACACAGCAACGAUGAACGACUCGUUGUCGAUGAAGAAGAGGCUGCAACAGCAGCAGUUGUACCUGCGCCACCAGCACCACUACAAGUGUGUGGUGGUGGGGGACGGCGGCGUCGGCAAGACCAGCAUGCUGCUCAGGUUCGUGCAGGGAGAUUUCCUCACCGAGUACACGCCCACAGAUUUUGACACUUUCACAGCAGGAGACGUACGACCGUCUGCGGACUCUGACAUACUCCGGAACUGACGUGUUCAUCGUCUGCUACUCCGUGGCGGACCGGGAUUCCUACACCAACGUCCGGUCGCGCUGGCUGCCGGAACUGAAAGAGUUCAAACCGAAAGUGCCCAUCAUCCUGGUCGGGACGCAGACUGACUUGAGGGAAAACAGUUCCAAAGACUCCUCUUUCUCCUCCGCCUCCUUCUGCCCUCAAAGCCCGAGUCACGUGUCCUACAAAGAGGGCAAACGAUUGGCUCAGAAGGUACAUGCAGAGAUGUAUGCCGAGUGUUCAGCGCUGACUGGCGAAGGUUUGGACAAAAUUUUCUACCAAGCCAUGAUGACGGCAGCUUUCCCAAAGCGCAAGCGGAAGUUGUGGCAGAGUUUUAAAAGGAUUUUUGCGAAUGGGUGACGUUUUUCUAUCUUGUCGUUCGGGUGAUGGUGUCUUCCAGGAUGUGACGUCAUGCCGUGUGUGUUCGUAAGCUGUUGUGUGUUGCCAGAGCUUUGUUGUGACUACAGUGAACACAUUCCACACUCUGUGUUAUCAAGAUUUUAUUCCGAACACAUUCCACGUCAUCACAGUUCCACGAGAGACAAGCGAGGAUACAACAGUUGUGUGAAUAAUGCCAUUCAGACCUGGAACAGGCAGUACCAUGGGGAUUUUCCCAUUGGAAUGAAAAUGAACAUGACAUUUUUUUCUACUGAAGCUAAAAGGAACGUGAGGUUUUCCCAGUGGUACAAAAAGGAAUAUGGGAUUUUGCCACUUGAAAAAGGAACUUUGUGUUAAGCCACUUGGGAAAAGGAACUUGGAGUUAUGUCACUGGGAGAAAAAAAACCCAACAAAAUAUGAGGUUUUCCCACACCAUGAUAGUGUCCCAAAGGGAACAGAAUUGAACACAUGGUUUGUUUGUUUUUCAUAUAUAUAAAUAUA